AUGAUAUCAAUAAUCGACUCUUCUAUUGAUGUAUCCAAGACCUCAGAGAUAUCUGAUGAUGCAAGGUUUACAUUGUCAUCUUCCAAGAUUGGUGGACAAGGAUGGAUUUCAGUGAGAGGCAAUACAAUUUAUAAUGCAGUUGGAUCAAUUAUUGAGGUUCAAUCUUCAUUACAAGUUAUUGAAUCUGCUUCAUUUGUAUUAUCUCCAGAUUCAACAUUGAAUAUUAGAGGACAUGUUAUAUUUGGAUCAAACAACACUGCAUCCAUUGGAACAUUGACCAACACUGGUCUACUUUCAAUCUACAAUCAAUACCUUAACAUUGGAACACUACAAAUCAAUGAUCAAGGUACCAUCACACUAAGUGUCAGUUCCACCAACUCAACUUAUGUUAAUGUUACAUCCAAGGCCACCCUUGGAAACAAUGCCUUAACUGUUAGAGUCGCUUCAUACCUUAAGAAUGUCAACUUCACAUUGGUCACACUUCCAGUUGGUACUAAUUUGGAAUCGGAUGUAUUGAAAGGUGUGAAGUUCUCAAGUUAUGAUCUUGAAUCUGGUGAUGAUGUUAAAGAUAUCCCAUCAUCAAAUUAUAGAGCUGAACUAAUUGGUAAUGAUUUGGUAGUAUUCAUUGGAAAUGGUGAUCGUACUACACCAUCAACUGGAUCCAAACUAUCGAAUGGUGCCAUUGCAGGAAUUGUUGUUGGAGGUGUUGUCGCUCUUGCCCUACUCAUUGCAUUGACCAUCAUAAUCAUCAAGAAACGCAAGUCCACAUCCUCAUCCAAGUCCAGAAGAUCAAAGUCCGACGAAGGAACAGCUCAACUUAGUAACAUGAAACCAUAA